AUGCGCGGUGCGCAAAGAAAGCACCUUGCGCGGGCCACACUGCGCACUCCGCGUGUACACUCCGCCGUGCGCGUGUUGACCCUGGCGGUGCUCGGUGCUACUUGGAGCUUUGUGCCGACGGAGCUCGGUGCAACUCGCCGACGAGACCUCCUGCAGUCGCUGACCUCGGCGCUACUUCUGCCUGCUUUCAGUGCGGCAGGGGUGAAAGAAGAUUAUACGGAGACAGACAAGCUUGGGGAGGUUUGGACCACAGCCAGUGUUCUGAAGCGACGAGCCAAAGAAUUGGAGCAGUUGAGUCAGAAGAAACCCCAACGAUCUGCACCGCUGCCGAGGGCCUUCGUCACGUAUUUGACGCGCGUCCUCAUCAAUUACGACGCGAAGUCGGCCCAGGUCUGGGAGAGCUCGGCCCCCCGUCGGACCGGCGCCGAAGCGCGGCGGGCGCAGUUUGCCGCCUUGGCCGCGGCGGUGGAUUUGGGCAUUCUGGGCGCGUAUGGCAAUGAUGCAGCCGGUUUGUUGAGCCUUGCCAAGGCGUUGAGAGGCCUUUGUCGUGAUAAUGUGGCGGCCAAGAGACAGUUGGCAUUUGCUUUGUCCUUAUUGCCACCUGAGUUGCAGCCUGCAGACAUGAUUGAGAGAUUGAUUGAGGAUUUUACUGCUGCUGUAGAUUUCGUGGACAUUGUCGAUCUCACCGAAGCAGCGGCCGCCACGGAUGCAGAGCUGCAGCGUCUCCGCAACAAGCCUUUGGCAGAUCGCCUGGCUCAACUGAUCCCUGAUGGACUUUGCAUGCCAGAAGCAAGGCUGAUCAAGUACUGGCAGAUUGAACUGGUUCAAAACGAGACCAACUUUUACUACCGGCCGAGCCAAGCUGCACUCUUGGCGGCCGCCGCGCUGAGUUCAUUGGAAGUGAACUUGGAUGGCGGCGAAGGGUUUGGAGUUGGAAGCUUCGCAGCGUCGGAACUUCCAGAGUUUGAUCGUCCAGCGAGUUUAGAUCCUCUCUUUGGAUCCUUAGGCCGCUCUCCAGUGGCUCGCGCCCGUGCGCUGGACCUCUCGCAAUAUGCACGCCUCGCAUUUUCCGGCGCCGUGUGCAGUGCCGUUGUCCGGGCAGUUCUGCAACCCUUGGAUGUGGUGAAGAUCACCCAGCAGCUCAGUACGGAAACGCGCGAAGAAGAACAGGGAGGUGUUUUCGACAGCUUCUUAUCUACAGCAUCACUCUUGAGCAGAGAUGGUGGUCUUGGGGCCCUGUACAAAGGAACAGGGGCCACGAUCUUGGCCACCAGCGUCACGGGCUUUACCAGCUUUGGUCUCAAUGAGUUCUUCCGCCGGAGCUUGGAGAAAUGGAGAGAUCCAUAUGCCGAAGCCACUGCACCCAUUGUCCUGGCUGCAUCCAUUGGCUCGAUCUUUGUGGCUUCCAUCCUCGCGUGUCCUUUCGAAACGCUGCGCGUCCGGGUCAUGGCCCCCUCUGAGCGCCGCUCCUUUGGAGAGAUCACCAAGGAAGCAAUUGAGGGAAGGGACGGACGAGGACUUCCAAGCCUUUGGGCAGGUCUCGUUCCGUUCUGGGCACGAGAAAUUCCCUUUUCGGCCUGUAAAUUCCUGGUCUUCGAUUUGGCUUCCCGUGCGCUCUUCGCGGUCUUUGCUCCACAAGCAGAGACAUCGUUGGGUAUCUCGGCCUUGGCCGGUGCUCUGGCCGGCUUGAUGUCGGCGAUUGUAUCCAAUCCUGCAGAUGUUGUAAUCACUCAGAUCUCUUCCAGUGGAAACAUCAAAGAUGCAGGUCGUGCAUCUCUGGGCAGUCUGGAUCUCUGGAAAGGACUUGGAGCUCGCUGUGUCUAUUUUGCAGCUGCCAUUUGUGCUCAGUUCUUGAUAUAUGACACUGUGAAGGAGUUUCUAGGCGUGAGCAGCGGAGACCUUCGACUAGUUUUGGAUGUAUUUGGUAUCUCCGCAAAAGCUGAGAGUUUGCUAGGAUAA